ACUGUAAAUAACAGCAAUCCAACCAAUCAGCUCUCAGCACAGACUAUAAAUAACAUCGAUCCAACCAAUCAGCUCUUAGCAUGGACUAUAAAUAACAGCAAUCCAACCAAUCAUCUCUCAGCACAGACUAUAAAUAACAGCAACCCAACCAAUCAUCUCUCAACACAGACUGUAAAUAACAGCAAUCCAACCAAUCAUCUCUCAGCACAGACUAUAAAUAACAGCGAUCCAACCAAUCAUCUCUUAGCAUAG